UUAGCUAUAUACUAUCUUAUAGUCUCUUGUAAGUUUGUGACUUUUCUUAUAAAAAUGGCUGGUGUUGAAGAUCAAGUUAGUUCUUUACCCAACUCGUUACCGAUAACGCCACGGACAGCUCCAAUGUUUCAUCAUGAUGAUCAAUUCGGCUCUGUACCCAUAACUCCACGAACGGCGUCUGUAGCACAAACGCCGUCUAUACUAUCAUUACCCAUAACUCCACGGACGGCUCGAACGCCGUCGAUAGUAUCGUUACCUCCUUCACAGUUUCACUCGCCAUCUCUUUCUCGAUCUCCGUUACUUCUCACGGGAGAUCAUGCUACAAAUAAACCCGUUAAAACUCCAAGGUCACGUGGAUUAACCCCGCGUUUCAUCACUCCUUUGGGUAGUCCUCUUAGAAAGGCCCUUAAAAUGACAAGAUUGGAUCCGCAAGACGCGUGGUUACCAAUCACCGAGUCCAGAAAUGGAAACGCAUUCUACGCUGCCUUUCAUACUCUUUGUUCUGGGAUUGGUAUUCAAGCUCUUGUUCUGCCUGUUGCUUUUACCAUACUUGGCUGGGCUUGGGGUAUUAUUGGCUUAACGGUUGCAUUUGUAUGGCAGCUCUACACUCUUUAUUUAAUGGUUCACCUUCAUGAAAAUCAUGAAACAGGACUACGUUACAGUAGAUACUUGCAACUGGCAUGCGCAACUUUUGGUGAGAAAUUAGGGAAACUAAGCUCAGCGUUUCCACUGGGUUAUCUGUCAGCGGGGACAUGUUGCGCGUUGAUUAUUAUAGGCGGCUCAACAGCGAAGCUAUUAUAUGAGACUUUAUGUGGGGCAACAUGUAGUAAUCCGAAGCCAUUGACUGUUGUUGAAUGGUACUUGGUGUUUACAUGUGUUGCAGUGGUUUUAGCUCAGUUGCCAAAUUUGAAUUCAAUAGCUGGAAUAUCUCUAAUUGGUGCGCUUACAGCCGUUGGAUAUUGUACAGCACUAUGGACGGUUUCAGUUGCUGAGGGUAGGCUACCUAAUGUCUCUUAUGAACCUGUCCGAAAGGGAAGCCAAGUUAAUAAGAUAUUUGAUCUUCUUAAUGCUUUUGGCAUUAUUGCUUUUGCUUUCAGAGGCCACAAUCUCAUACUUGAGAUUCAGGCGACAAUGCCUUCGAGUGAGAAGCACCCAUCGCAAGUGCCUAUGUGGAGGGGUGUGCAAUUCGCAUAUCUACUCAUAGCAAUGUGCCUAUUCCCUCUUGCAGUUGGUGGCUACUGGGCUUAUGGUCAUUUGAUUCCAGCAAACGGGAGUGUGUUAACGGCAUUAUUUGCAUUCCAUAGCCAAGAUGUUUCGCGAUCUGUAUUAGCUUUAAUAAGUAUUUUUGUGAUAAUAAAUGCGGUGAGCUCAUUCCAACUGUACGGAAUGCCAAUGUUUGACGAUAUGGAAUCAGCUUACACAACAAGGUGCAAAAAAGCAUGCCCGUGGUGGCUCCGUUCGAUAUUCAGGGCAAUCUUCGGGUUCGUGUGCUUCUUCAUUGCGGUGGCUCUUCCAUUUUUGGGUAGCUUUACUGGGCUUAUUGGAGGAAUUGCUCUGCCUAUUACAUUUGCUCAUCCAUGUUUUAUGUGGCUUAAAGUGAAGAAGCCCAAAAAGUACUCUCUAAGUUGGUGGGUAAAUUGGGGACUUGGGCUUUUGGGAAUGGCCUUAAGUGGGAUUUUGAUUGCUGCUGGUUUGUAUGUGGUUAUUGACACUGGUGUUAAAAUUAGCUUCUUCAAUCCUCAGUAACUAGUAUGAACAUGCGAAAUUAAUAGUACUGAAAAGGUUGGUUUGAACAACAAUUUAAUUUAUUGUUAUCUUACUUUGAGUUGGUAGAUUUUAUUGUACUUCUUUAUGGAAUUUCAAGGAAUAAAUUAGUAAAGAAUUUCUUGAUUCCAAAUGGGCAUGUUUUUUGAAUA